AUGAGUAUAAGAAGGCCUUCCGUCAAGGCAUCGACACCCUACUACCGCAGACACACACCUCCCCCCCUCUCCCCCCCGUCCCGACUCCCUCUCCGACUCCCUCUCCCGUCAACCCUCCGCCACCACCCUCGCCACCACCCUCGCCACCAUGACGCCCGCCGCCUUCCUCCCACUCCCGCCCGUCUUCUCGACGCGGCCGCCUCUUCCCAUGCGCGCUGCCGUGUGUCGCACGCACCGCGCGCCCGCCAUGGUCUCGUCCACCGUCGUCGGCGUCAGUCUCGUCACUAUAACCGCCGGCGGACUAGGCGCUGCUUUCUUCCUCCUGCAAAACAGGGGAGCUGCAGAUUCUGCCGGCGCCGCCACCACCACCCCCGCCAAAGCCAGCAAGCCAACCGCUGCCGCCGCCGAUGCCGGCGCCGACGCUGUCGCCGUGGAAUUGCCCAUCGACGUCAACCCGCUCAAGGACAUCACGGCCAUCCUCGAGCCGCCGGAGCAACCGGAAGCCCCCGUCGAGCCGCAAGUCGUCGUCAUUCCGCAAGGAGGCAUCAUCGGCUUGGGCGCCCCGAUCGCAGACCCCUUCGCCGUGGGCGCCCAAGAGCCCGCGAAGGUGCAGCCGCUGCCCAACCUGGACAGCGUCGGCGUGGACCUGAACCGGUACAUCCCGGAGGAAGUGGACGAAACGCCCAUGUUGACGAAACCGAUGGAGGUCGAGCUCGCGUGGGCCGCAGGCGCAUUGUGCGCCCUCCCCGGGUACGGCGGCACUGUCAUUGCGGACAAGAACGGAAAGGUGCGGUACGCCGACGGGCCGCUGCUCAAAGAGUCUGCGAAUAUCGGGUUCUCUGUCAGGGGGUUUGCAGGCGAGGAGAAUGAAAUCGUCGUGGUCGAUGCUAACGCCCUGUCGUUUUUGAAGCAGGGCGCCGUGUGCGCGGCUAUCGUGCCCAUCGGGAAAGAGGGCGCCGUCAUGACUAUCGUUAGCUCCGAGAGAGACUUUUUGGGCGAGAAGGAGGCCAGAACAGCGGAGUCGGUGCGCUCGAGGCUUGAGUAUGCGUUCACCGCCAAGGAAAUGGUGGCUGCGGACGGAUAGCAAUGGAAUGCAGGCCUUUCUUGGUUGUAGGUUCUCUGUCUGUCACUAGGCGACGCUUUGGGGUGAAGGGCUUCCUCUGGAAUGGAAGGAGCCGAGCGGGAGAGCAUUAGCCCUGCUUGGGCGGGCACGCGGCGUACGUCUUCUCUCCGCGUGAAUUAUAGCGUUAUCCCAUCUUGUGUACUGUAGAUUACUGUGGGAUUAGUCUUAGCAUCAGUGUACAGUAGAGUACCGUGGGGUUUGUCUUAGCGUCAAUGUACAGCACGUACUGUACUGUACUAGGAUUUGAUUUAAUUAAUGGGUGUAAUCGCGGGGCUUCUGGCUAGUG